GCACUAGACGGGGUGGAAGUCUGAGGCACCGCUCACGCCGCCACGGGUCCCUCACCGGGGGUAUCCCAAAUCCCGGCGAGGCAGGCAUCCCAGCCCCCCCCUCCGCCCCCGGCGGCCCCAGCAGCUCUGGGCCGGCGUGGCGCACCCGGCCGCCGCCGCCCCUCCGUGGCCCGGCAGCCCUUGCGCGCCCCGUUUCUGCACCUUCCCUGCUCGCCCUCCCCGCCUUUCGGGACGCGCGGAAGAUGGCGGAGCUGGAGCUGGGGCAGCACUGCGGGGUGGCGGAUUGCCGCCAGCUCGAUUUUCUCCCCUUUGUAUGUGAUGGCUGUUCAGGUGUCUUUUGCCUUCAGCACAGGAGCCGGGAUGCUCACGGGUGUUCUGAGGUGAAUAUAAGAAACAGUUCUGUGAAACCAGAUGAGCACAGAUCUUACCCAUGCUCAUACAAGGACUGCAAUGGAAAGGAGCUUUUGCCAUUUUUAUGUCCCUACUGUGAAAAACAUUUUUGCCUAAGACACCGGCAUCAAUCGGACCAUGAAUGUGAGAAACUGGACACACCAAGACCUCGAAUGGCUGCCACCCAGCAGCUCGUUAAACACAUUAUAGAUUCUAAAAAAAACAAGGAAGCAAAAAGCAAAAAACUUAAAGGAGCGAAAAACAGUGAGACAGCAGCAAAAGUGGCAUUAAUGAAACUGAAAAUGCACGCAUGUGGGGACAAGUCCUUGCCUCAGGCAGAAAGAAUUUACUUUCAAGUAUUUUUACCAAAGGGGAACAAAGAGAAAAGCAAGCCCAUGUUCUUUUGCAGUAAGUGGAGUAUUGGCAAAGUAGUAGAUUUUGCAGCUUCCUUAGCAAGCCUUAAAAAUGACAACAACAAAUCAACAUCCCAGAAAUUGAGAUUAUGCCAUACUGCCUCUGGAGAAGCCUUGCCAUUUGAGCACACACUGGAAACAUGGCUAUCUGAUAAAAACUGUCCAUUGUACAAUGGUGGAAAUAUAAUUUUGGAGUAUCUUGAUAAUGAUGUUCUAUUUAUAGAAGAUACAGAGUCAUACUUCAGUUAAUCAGUAAAUUAUCACAAAUAAAAUAAAUCAAAGAUUUUUUUA